GAGUAUGAAGAAGAAGAUGAGAAGAAGAAAAGAAUUAAAGGGAAAGGGGUAGGGGUACUUAUGUGAUUGUUGUUGAUUUAGAUGUGGUUGCUGACAGAAGGGUCGCAGGAUGGUUUCUUUAAUCAAGAACCAACUUUUGAAACACUUGUCAAGAUUCACAAAGAAUUUAAAAGAAGACCAAAUAAACCUCAGCACAUUUAAAGGAGAAGGAGAUUUAGCCAACUUAGAAUUAGAUGAGUUAGUGCUCACAGACUUGCUGGAACUUCCAUCAUGGCUGCGACUCACAAGUGCUCGUUGCAAUCGAGUGAAUUUCCGAAUACAGUGGACAAAACUGAAGAGUGUCCCAAUAUUUCUGACAUUAGACGAAGUCCAGAUUGAAGUGGAAACAUGUGAGGAUCUCCGGUCCAUGUCCGUUCAAGAUGGUCUUUCUUCCAUGGGUGGUGGCCGUUACAGUUUUAUUCAUAAGGUUAUUGAUGGAAUGACUGUUGCAGUCAAUACUGUAUUGGUCACAUUCCGAAGCCCCGCAUUUGUUGCAUCAUUACAGAUUUCCCGUAUUAUGGUGGAGUCUAAAUCUCCCCAAUGGCAACGAGCAGAUCUGCGGUGUACUCGAAUAAAGGAGCCUGAAAAAGGGCAACUACUUAUUUUCAAAGAACUGGAAUGGCAAACUGUUCGCAUUGAAGCUCGCUCUACCCAAGACACCAAUUUAACACCUCUAAGACUGCUCACCAACCAGGCACGAUGUAGGAUUGUGAUUAAAAAAAGGAUGUCAGAUUGUUUUGUUAUGGGAUCUCGUCUUUUGCUGAUUCUUGACGAUCUUCUGUGGGUCCUCACUGAUUCUCAGCUGAGAGCAGCCCUCCACUUUUUGAAUUCUCUGUCAGGUUUGGUUCAAAAAGCCACUGAAGUAACUCGUAAAAAGAAGGCAGCACGAAAACUUGAGGUUUUACCAGAGUAUCAAGCUCAAAUUUCUCAGCAAGCACGUAAACAGGGCCACGAGAAUGACUUAUCAAAUAGGUUCAACCGAUAUGAUAUAGUGGAAACAUCUUAUCACUUUCUCUCUCAGCGGAUAGAUUUACACCUUUGUGAUGACCCUGGUGUUGGGAGAUCGUGUCACCCUGAUCUGAAAGACGGAGGUGCUCUUCAAAUCAGUCUUCAGCACUUUCAAGUUGACUAUUACCCUUACCACCUGGCCAUCAGAGAUAGGAAGCAUUGGCCAAAAUAUAAGGAGGCAGGAUCGUCACACACCCAAUGGCUUCAGGAGGCUCUUGCGUCCUUCAGAAAUAGCUUCCUAGACCUAAUAGAAAGCAACCGUGCAGUUCAUACUCCUUUGUCACGGUCAUCAUUUCAAGAUGGAGGGAAUGACCCUUCAAAAGCCAAUGGAACUCCCUUUGGUGUUCAGAAUAAUGAAUUUGGGGGUCUCCCUGAGCAGGAUAAUGCCAGAAGAUCAAGCCAGCCUCAAAGCCCUCAGGUUAACCCAGUGAAAAACUAUGUGAUUUCUCAGCUUGCAAAACUUAUGACCUCAUGUGUGAUACUGCGCAUUGAGGAUUUCACCCUUUAUAGGGUCACAACACCAAAGCGAAAACAAAUGCCAAAGGAUUUUAUAUCAGCUCAACACAGGAGAAGAUCAGGUGACAAAGACAGGUAUUCAUUCCCAGAAGAGCUCAAGACUGUUCAUGCUGAAUUCACAUACUACUAUUACCCAGGAGACAUACCAUUCCCAUUGCCGCCUUCUAAGUUUUACGUUCAGUUAAAUCCUAUUCAAAUUUAUAUGGAUGUUCUGAGUGUCCUUUGGGCCAACUCGUUUGCUUUAAACUUGCAUCAAUCUCUUCAAAAGAAUGUUCAGGAAAUGAAUUCUAGUCUUCCAUAUGUAGACGUAAAAAUUGAAGCUGUCUUACCUCGGAUUGUGCUGGAAAGUACUGUGGAACACUUGAGCCAAAGAGACAGACCCAAGUCAUUGCAUGUCCAGGCAUCCAGAGUUACCAUCACAAAUGUCCGAAGCACACGGGAUUCCUGCUCCCGAGCAGAUUUGGCCAAAUGUGUUCACAGUUUUCAGCUAGGCUCUCUCUUCUUUGGAUCAGACUUCCCCUCAAAGCCGGGUGAAUUCCAUGUUGUCAACAAAAAGUUCAUAAAACAUUUGGAAGGUACAGACAAUAUUCGUGCGCCACCUUCUCAAAUCACUGGAAACUCUGUCCAGGAAUUAGUUGACCAACUUAGUCGGGAGUUGUUGUGGGUGGAGGCAAAGGACACGUGGUGUGUUCAUCUCGAUCCAGUUUGGGGGGAGUUUUAUGGCACUCGUGCCAUAGGUUCGAAUCGUCCAACUGUGUUUUUUGAUGCUCUGCCUAUUACUUUGUGGGUGUACAUGAAAGUACCUCAACCAGCAGCACGUGUAGGUACUCAGGAAUCAUCUCCGAAGUUCACUGUCAACUCUAAAGAGGCAAGCCUAUCACAGGGAAGUCUUAAAAGUGGGCAUUCCUUUGAUGGUAAAGAAAAGACUAGGCCUCAAAAUCUUAAUUCAAGCCAAAGUAAAUCUGAACCAGGCACAGCAGACAUUCAUGUACUUGUACAGGUUUCAAAUCUAAUGUCUAUUCAAAUAAACCAUUAUCAACUGCUGUUUCUUUUACGGUUGGCUGAAGAGGCAGCUGAAGUGGCUACGUUUCUGACUCUUGACACUAUGCGAAUCCUAGAUCACAAAGUGGGCGGCUCACUGGUUGUAGGAGCUCUUUUACCUCAAGUUGAAGUGACAUUGGUUAUGCCAUCCCAGACCCCUGGCAAAGAAUCGUCUGGUGGGGAUGUAGAGUCAGUGUUUCCUGACUCUUCAAGCCUAGGAGAUGAACUUGUUGGAAACCAUGUGGAGCGUUCUGGUGAUAUGGGAAGUGGCACCGUAGAUCGAGCUAGUGUUCACUUUUCUACUUCGACUGGUCAAGUUUCGCAGGAGGCUGGCAACCGACGUAGCGUGCCGCACUUCAACUCCAAUGGCAACGGCCGUGCAACGCCAGGGAGUGAUGUGUCGUCGUCGUACUCGAUGGACUUCCAAACACGGCAGCCAACUCGGCAGCUCGAGGACAAACCAGUUGCAUCUGCUGUGUCCACUUUCAACAACUUCAACUCCGUGUUCAGCGCCAGCAAAAAAGCUUUGAAACUUCUAAUGAACACAACCGACGCUGCCCCGAAGCAAUCAAUGGAUGACGCGAGUGACACUGUAUCUAUCCGCAGUGACUGCAGCUCUGGCAGUGACAAUUUCGUGCUGCUUGGGGGUGAAACUGCUGUUCUUGAUUCUAGUGAUGCCAUGUUUCGUACUUCAUGUCUUGAUAACAAUAUGCAGAAAGUUGAAAUGGCGAGUGAAGUUUUGGAAGAAGAACCAACUGGAACAAUUGUAACAACUCCAAGUGAAAGAGCAGAUUCCAUUGAUAGCUCAAUUAAAAGGAGAGAUCUGAUUUCAGUUGCUACUUUCAAAUUGGCCAAGGUAGAAUUCAUGCAACAAUCGGCAGGCUUUUCUUCUUCUAUCAAGGUGCAAGUUGCAAAUGUCACUUCUGAAGAAUGUGGAGCUAUACCCUGGGAUGAGUUCCAGACCGAAUUUAAGAACAAAUUCAGCUCCCGUUCCCGGGCGUGGGUGGAGCUCCCCUUGGACACGGCCGGGCACCCGAGAGUGCAGGCCAGGCUGGACCACAGCCUCCUCCCCGAGCACCAGACGGCCGCCACCAAGCUCAAGGGCCCGUGGGACCGGUCGUGCAUGCAGACGUGGUUCCACGACCUGCUCGAGGUUCGCGUCACCGACCUGCCCGUCCGCCUCUCGAUGAGCACCAUCAUGGGGCUCACUGACCUGGUGGAGGACGAGGUGAUUGCGGCACCACUGCCAAUGGAGGUCUUCCUGGAAAAUGUCUCUCUUCAUUUGAUUGAGGACCGGCCGAGCAACAAUAUUACUUCACCAGGGCCAGUCCCUAUCGAUGCAUCAGUAUCCAGAUUGCACAUAUCUCGUGACAGAAGCGGAGUGUUUCUGAUUGAACCACCAGGGCGUGCUCGAGCUGAAGAGUCUGCAGAGCUUGAGAGACUUCAGAGAUCCCUGACCCGUCUCACCACUGAGAAUGAUGAACUACGCCGCAGACUCAUGGCUUUCGAGCAGCUGUCAGAAGAGAACCACAGAUUGCGACGUUCUGCUGAAGAAUCAGAUACUCUUCGCACCUACCUAGCUAAUGCUCAAGAUGAAUUAGGCACACUUUUGGAAGAGAAAAUGUCGCUGUUAGAUGAGAUUCAAGUGUUGCGCCAGAAAGUGAACCGCAGUGGUAGCUCAGGCAGCACAAACAGCAGCGGUAAGAGAUAACAGUGUGAUGGCUCCUGCUUCAAGUGCCGCCAUUGCUGCGGAGGCUCUCGUCACAGCCGUAGCAAAUAGUCACAAAUGAGUCCGAAAUGCCAAAACUGUGGCCCAGCUUCUCUAUUUGGGUGGUGUUUGGUGUUUUGGUCUGAGUCUGUUACGGCAUAACGAGUGGAGCAAGGAGCACAGCCACAGCAUGGCAUGUUCUGGACAAAAAUCCAACUGGAGUCAGGUGAACGAAGAAAAUGUUGGAACAAGUACUUCAGCAGUGAACAAGUUAGAAUUAAUACCUCAAUGUAUAAAUAGUGCUUUGGUGUGUAUCAUUUUCAUCAGUCAGCUAACUGGAGUACAUUCUUUCAAACAACUUUUCACUUGACGUAAUAAAUACCAUUUAUGAAAGAAAGAAAGAAAAAAAAAAGUGACAUUCACAUUGUCAAGUAACUGUGAUAUCUGCCCUGCCCGAGAGUUAUUAAGUGAUUUCUGUUGUAAAUAUCUUAUGACCAUUUUCAGGUUUGAUUAUCUGUGGUCAUCUUAACUUCGUUCAUCUCUAGAAAAAUAUAUUUCUGGAGCCCAAUUAUAAUAAAAAUUUCAAUUAAGGGUCUUGUUUUCAUCUCUUGCUAAGUAGCUAUUUGUCAAUAAGCGUCUGGCAUGUGUUGCCAAUUUAUGCAAAUAUCAGUCUUUUCAAAACCCUUUUUAAAAAUUUGUUUCAAGCUAUAUGUUAACAUGUACAAAACCCUCAUGCAUGUAAUCCUUCCAGCUGAAUGAAGUUGAGUUCGAUGGUCACAGGUCUACAGAAAAUAUGUUUUGGUAUCACAGCAAUAAAACUUGCCAUCUUCUUUUGUAAAGGAAUGAACUUUAUGUGCCAUGUUUAUGUGGUCUUGAUUUGCUUGAUGGUUUUCAUACUGACAAAGCAAGCUCCUUGUGCAAAGUUUUUAAUUACAUAUCAUUACUUAAGUUCCAAAAUAAUACUCAUGUUUGAGUUGUUCAGAAGCCUGAGUGAAGUACAUGCAAUCUUUAUUUUUUUGAAAGAAGUUUGGAACAUUAUGUAAUCUUGCUUUCAAAUGUUUGUUCUUUGUGAUUCUUUUCCUUCUGAUGUUAUUUUUUUGGUGUGCCAACUUUUGACUGUGUUGAAUGUGUUACUUGUAAAAGUAUCUUAAGGAUGCAUUUUUACAACUCUGAUAUCAUACUUUCUUUUGUUAGUUAUUGUUGAGGUGUGCUGUGGUGCUUUGGGUCUCUUUUCCUCCGAACUUAAAUAAUUGGCUUAAGUCUUCUGAAUAAUUAAUACUCCAAAAUCUCCAUCAAUAUUUGUAAAUAAAGGUUGUGUUCAAUUCCUUAUCCUGUUACCUUGUAUUGAGAGAAUUUUUCAGCUUGAAUUUUUCAUUUAUUGUGCUAUGUUUGAUCAGAGUCUGGAAAGUUCCUGAUGGUCACCAACUAUAAAAGUGAAAUCUUCUGACUGAAUGAUGCAGAGUAUGUAUUUUAUAUUGAAGUUGUGGAUAAGUAUCUCAAUGUUAGCCUUGACUUGAUGUGUGCUUGUCCCUCAAAAGAGAAUUUAUUAUUGUUUAUUCUACUUAUAUGUAUAUAGUAUGUAAUUAACCAGCUGGCUGAGUUAUAGUACUUCGUUGUUGAUUUUGAAAUAUUUCUCUGGAAUUAUAAUGGACCUAGUUGGUUGUUAAAUCAUACUUAAUCUGACGCUGUUGCUGUAAAGUUGUAAAUGCAAUGUCUUUGAGGCCAUUGUGGUUACGAUUGAUUUGAUGGGUAUGUGGCUGGUUACAUGUUAUUGUUUCAUCUAGGUGAGCAGCUGCUUUAUUUUGCAGUGACCUAUUUUUAUAUUUGUUUAUUCCUCCCUUUCUCUGAUCUGAUUGUUGUACUUCUUGAAGCUUUAUUUUGUAUACUGUACACUGCAAACUAAAGCUGAACGAUUUAUUCUUAAAGUGAGCAUCUCUUUUCUGCUGCCUCACUAGUUUUGAGGACGGCUCCUCUUCAUUAAUUGCUGUGGUUUCCUUUUAGUUUAGACGUGCAUUUUGUGUUUGAAGUGGGUCAUAUUUUGCCAUAGAUAGUCUUUUUAUUAAUUGCAGUGACAAGACUGACUUUUUUCAUGCGUGAUAUUAAUUUAUGGGAAUUAGGUAGGGGUUAAAUGGGAUGCUGUAACCCACUUUUCAAUUUUAGCAAAAUGAUUUUUAUGUGUAAUUUUCCUCAUUUAUUCUUCAAGGAUACUGCAAUGUCUUGAACUGGAAAGUUAAUGGCCGAAAUCACAUGAGAUGUUUUGAAAAUUAGAAAUUCUUUCAAUCAAAAUAUACAGUCUUGUGCUAGUGUUAUAGUAGGCUUUUAUAGGGUGAACUACUGAAACUACUGAUUUCUGUGGAAAAAAGUGUCAAUAAAUGGUUUUAUUCCUACGGGUUGUAUAGGAAAGACUUUACAAUCAUGUGACCUUACUGGUGUUAGAGUCCUAUAGUAGCUUUAGGACUCUAAUUCGUGUCAGGCUCCAUGAUAGUUUCUAUUGGCUCUACAGAUCAAUGCUCUUAACGCGUUGUUGUUCUGCCAAAGAGGGUGUAAGUUACCAUUAUAAUAAUCUGAUCUAAAUUUUAAUCAUUAAGACAGGGCAUUUUCCAAGUGUAAUUUUGCUUCACUUCCUAUGUAGCCCUUAAAUGCAUUUUUUCAGUGUCAUUUGUAUGCGUAUCUUCUCUUAAACUUGCAAUGUAAAUUUCAAGAAAAUUUGCUUGUUUUUCUGUGCAUGUCUUACACGUAGCCUAUUCCUGUUGUCUUUUCUACUGUUUCUGUCAUUCAUUCUAGUUAAAAAGUCACAUUGUGAGAUUUUCCUGCACAUAAAUUUGAGGUGGUAUUGUCGGUACUAGGUUUUGACUUAGGAGCACUUCAUUAAUUUAACAAGUUUGAUUUUUGAAAUUUUAGUCCCUUGUGCUUACGUAAGGAUGCUGACCUCUGUGUCUUUGGACCCUUAUAUAAGUCAUUGUUGCAAAAGGAAAAACUACAAUCAAGGGGCAUGCUGACUAAAUUUUUGAGAUAUUUUGUUCAUGUGUCUAAGACGUACAAACAUUUCAAGCAAUAAUUUAAAUUUCUAGGGUAUUCUUUUUUUAUCUAAUUACGACAUUUUUAAAGAAGUAACUGUAAAUUCGAUUCCUUGAUCUGGUAGCUUUUGCCUCAUCCCAAAUCUUAUUUGUCAAAAGUUCUUGUGAUUUGAGAGUUGCUGUUGUUACAUUCGACUUUUUACAAUAAUGGACAUUUUCAAAAUACAUACUGUAUUAUUUGUAUGCACACUACCCCUGUGCUUUAGAAUAAAGCUUUCCUGCACUGUUAUUUGUUUGAAAAUAUGAUUAAGCCUGAAUGCUCUAUUCCUCUCUUUGGACUAGGUGAAUCCGACAUCCUAUUGUUGAGUGUAUUGCUUUAAAGUAAAUGUCCACCGUUUUAUUGCACUAAGUUGUUAUAAUAUUUGAAAAUUUAUGAAAAGAUGUAUAUGCAUAUAAAAGUAUCUAGACGCAGACGUGAACGUUGUCAUCUGAUAUUGUACCUACAGAUUUAAAUUUGAAUAAAUUCACUGGUUGAGUGUA